AUGCAGGAAGGAGGAAUUUUCAAGAUCCUGAACCCGUGGAGGCGGUCGUCGAAGGAUGCCGAGUCCGACCAGACGCCAGCGCCGUUCGUGUCAGAAUCCGAGAUUAUGGCCGUCAAGGAAAAGACACAGACAUUUGCGGCUUCACGAGCUUCCGGCAGUACUCGGGGUGUCGCUAACGCAUAUUCAAAACUUCGACAUGAACCAACUCGCCCCAGUCAUCGCCUUAGUUCACUGUUUCACCAGUCAUUUUACUUACUGUCGUUUAGUCAUCGUUACACACAAUGCCGGUUUCUGUUAUACUCAAGAGCAAAAGUUGCCGAUUCCAUAAAUUUCGCGAACGUUCUUCUCUCCAGGACGUUGCCAAUGCCUCGAAAGGGAACCUGCACAGCGCCCAUGUACAUGGCGUGGCUGGAAAUGCUCACGAAGGACAUGCCUCCGUUCCUGCUCGUACGGGGGAACCAGACCAGCGUGCUCACAUUCUACUCGUAGAGGUCAAGCCUCGAACGCAUCGUUUCCACAAAAAAUUAUACGUAAUGGCGAAGAAGAAGAAAAAGAAAUCACAGCCCGUACGGAGGGCGAAGAGCCUUAUAUGCCGCCUAUGGCGCGCCACGGUGCGCGGCCCGGUGCCGUGACGUCACAAAUCACAGUUUCCUUCCACUGAUUGGACUGCGCGCGCGAAUUCACCGUUUACUUUUUUCUUUCGUUCCUUUUCUUUUUCUUCUUUUCGGGAUUCAUAGUUCAGAUUUUAUAGAAGAGCAACGUGUAAAAGGGAUGUAGUUUAUGCAGUGAAGAGAGAAAAGCUGUCGUCUCACGCUCA